CGGCGGCGCGCGGCGCGAUCACAGUGCGCAGUCGGCCCCGAGACUCAGGCGGCGCGCGCGCACUUACCGCACGUUAGUGAAAGGUUGGAUGACUCACCACCUCCGGCCAUGAACGAGUACGCAGAGUACGACUGGAAACUGCAGCAGAUGCAGAACGAGCGCCUCUGUGGAGUCACCAGGAAGCGACUCACCGAUGGCGACCGGCAACGUGCCCUCGACGGACUCAAGGAGGCCGUGGACUCGAGCCUCAACCUUGCUCUGCGUGACAAAAGCCGGUGUCAGGAUGACAACUUCUUACGGAGGUUUUUGUACGCGUGCAAACAUGAUGUACAACAGAGUUUCGAGAUGUUAGUGCGGUACCACCAGAACCGACGCGAACAUCCAGAACUAUGGGCAGAAGCAGAUGGCGGAGUGCUGCGGGCGCUGGCAGAUGGUCUGCCAGGCGUGCUCGCUGAAAGGGAUCGAAGAGGUCGUUGUGUGCUCCUCAUGUUUGCUUCCAACUGGAUCCCACACGCUUGCCCACUUCUUUCAGUUUGCAGGGCAUUAAUACUUACACUAGAACGCACUCUGGCAGAUGUUCAAAACCAAGCGAAUGGAUACGUCAUUAUCGUGGAUUGGACUGAAUUCACCUUCAAGCAAUCGUGUAGUUUACAAGCCAAAGUGUUGAAGCUUCUAAUUGACUGCCUUCAAGAUUGCAUGCCUGUGCGGUUUAAAAGCAUACAUUUCAUCGGACAACCUUGGUAUGUCGAAACUGCUCUGGCAGUAAUAAAACCAUAUUUGAAAGCGAAGACGCGUGAACGAAUAGUGCUACAUGGAAACAACCUUUCAACGUUGCACGAUUCCUUACCGCUUGAUAUCCUUCCAGCGGAACUAGGGGGCGAGGGACCGUCAUAUAAUUCCGAACGGUGGUUAAAAGAAUUUUGCCGUAGCGAAAAGAUAGUUCACUCACCUGUGAAUCCUGUUCCCGUUCCUGUGACUGUGACAAAUGCAUUUGAAAACGAUCCUCCUUCAGCUAAAUUGAACAAGACGUAUAUACAAAAGGACAACGCAAAUUUCUCGUUCCACGGAAACGAAAAAAGUGCAAAGUCAGAGUUACUACGUGAUAAAGAUUGACCUUAUCUGUCUGAUCGAUCGCAUCGUGGAUUAUGGACCGCUCCUGGUGUGAGCAAAGUUUAUUAUCGCUUGUGUACGUGCUGCAGGCGUUAUUUGUGAUAUCGAGUGUAAUGUUAAUUUAUUGUCUAGGGACUGCUUAGGGUGCAUCUGUUUAGAAAGCAGUUGGAAUUUAUGAUUAAGUGCAUUUAUAUGGCCAGGAAUUGAGCGCUGGUUGGUAGAGAGUUUGCCAGCGGGCGGUUUCGCUUCGUGUACAUUUAAUUAAUGAGCUGGCUAGCUUAUGGUGCGCGGGGGCCGAAGCCGGCGCAUCCCAGCCUGCGCGAGCGCAUGUAACGGUGCCGAGCUCUCGUUUCGUGCGACGCAUCCGCUGCGGAUGGCGAGCGUUGGAUUCCGCUCGAUCAUUUCGCAUCUCUUUCAUAUACCUACGCAUUUUUCUAGACUUAUUCAUAUUAUUUAUUCGACUAACUCUAAUUCCGUAAGGCAUCUCACUAUGCUAUAACUAUAUAAGUUAGGACCAUCGUGACUAACAAUACGCUUUGUUUGUGAGGCUUGUUGCGCAUUUACUUUUAUGUAUAAGUCUAUGUUUGGAAAAUAUACGGCGAUGAGGAUACGUAAAAUAUUUAAAUAAUAAGAAUCUAUUGUAUUCUUUGCAAAUGAUAGGGCGAGUCAUUGAGAAACGUGAUUGUUGAAGGUGAAAACUAUUGGAACAGUAUUAAUGACUAGUGUAUGAGCCUGUAUUCUGUGUUUAGCUCUCUUUAACUAUUCUUCUCCAAUUAUAAAGUUAAGUUGCGAAUAUUUUAAGAUAUUUUAGAAUUUAAUUGUAAAUAGCCGCUGCUGUGACGAUUGACAAUACUUAAUUUAUGUUUCACAUAACGCUGUUACUGUUGGAUUCAGUGAUAUCUGUAUGUUUUUGAAUUUGUGACUGAAACUAUUACUCUCACUCAACUGAUAUUAUGAUAUUAAAUGUAUUUAUACAGAAA